AGAAAUCUACGUCACGAUGACGUGGCGUGGGACGCCCCGUAAGAAUUGGUAAAUGGCUGCCACCGUGUUUGAGGUACUUAACCCUAUUUGCUUGUACUGAUGGAAAUUGAAGCAAAGUUCCAGGUGCCAUGGAAAUGCAGAAAAAGCAGCAGACUCCUGAGCAGGAUGCUCUGGAGCACAUAGUCUCCUGCAGGGACAAACCCUUUCUGGAGGAAAGGCUUAUAGAUUCUUUCAAAGGGAGAGGUGUGUUUACCCAACAAGCUAUUGAACCAUCAACAUUUGUUGUUGAAUAUCGUGGAAAAAUCUCUCGUCUCAAAACCAGGAAGUCCAGAAGAAAACAUGAAGAUACGCUUAACAAUUACUUGUAUGAAUUUUAUUGGAAAGGAACACAUUGGUGCAUUGAUGCUUCAAAAGAGGAUAAGACCCUUGGAAGAAUUGUGAAUGAUGAUCACAUAAAUCCCAACUGUGAAAUGAAGAAAGUUGAAUUUGAGGGGACUCCACACUUGUGCCUGUUUGCUCUGAGAGAAAUAUCUCUAGGCGAGGAAAUAACAUUCAACUACGGGACCUCCUCUUACCCAUGGCGCUCAAAGCUUGUGGCAGCUUCGUGCUCUGACGAAGAAGAACUUGGUGAUCCAAAGUCUAAACGUGUCUCAGAUGGGAACUAUGAACCUGAACAGGCUGCUUUGAUCUCAGAUGGUGACUAUAAACCAGAGGAGGCAGGAUCAAGCUCAGACGUACAUGGCUCAGAUAAUGAUUGUGAUAACAAGGAUACAGAAGAACCCAAAGCUGUACAUCAGUCCAGGAGAAAUUAUUGUUACGUUUGUGGAAAAGGUAUGACUAAAAUUUCUCGUCAUCUUGUAAGGCAUGCUGAUGAGGAGCCUGACAUCGCAAAGGUUUUGGCAUUACCCAAAAAUUCAAAGGAACGGAAAAUGUUGCUGAACGACUUAAGGAACAGAGGAGACUACAAGCAUAAUCAAAAAGUGUUGAAGACCAACUGUGGAGUUUUAAAAGCAAAAAGACGGACAAAAACCCAAACAGUGAAUGGCGAAACCCAUACACACUGUCAGCAUUGUAAAGGCUUCAUCAGUCGUACAUUCAUGUCAAGUCAUUUCUCCAAAUGUCCCAAUAUCUCAUCAAACAAGGCAAAGAUCUUUCAUGAGUCUGAAAAAUCAUCAUUGUUUACAGCACCUCUUUCUGAUAUGCAGAGGAUUAUUUUAGGCUUGCCAAGUGAUGAGACGUCAUUUAUGGUUAAACAUGAUGCAGUUCUUAUACUGCUGACACAGUUUCUGUCAGACAAGUAUGAUGGAUGUCAAGAGAAACAUGAGGACAUCAAACAGAUGCUUAGACAAAUGGGAGAGUUCCUGUUGGCGCUGCACGGAAAAUCAAUAUUUAGCUUUAAAGAUGCUCUAAAACCCCAAAAUUUCAGCAAGAUUGUUGAGACUGUCAAAAGCAUCGCUGGAUUCAAUGAGAAAAAGGGGAGAUAUAAAAAAACAGGUGUUGCAUUAACAUUAGGACAAACACUAAAAGAAAUUGCUAACGUUGUUGUCAGUAAAGCGGAAGCUGAUGCUGAUGAGGAGAUGGUGCGAGACACAAAGACAUUCAUUAAAUUGUGUGAAGAAGAAUGGAAAAAUUUGUCCUUUGACAAAAAGGAGAAUCUGUUGAGUCCACCGAAAGUAAAUCGCCCAUCUACGAUACCAUUUACACAGGAUGUGCAGGCUUUGUACAAGUGCCUUGAAACAACUUUAACUUCUGCCAUUGACACAAUUAAAAAGUACGAAAGCCCACAAGUCUACACUGCACUUUGCAGAGUGAUAGUGGCACAGGUGGUUGUUUUAAAUAAAGGUGCAUGUGAGGUUUCAAAAAUGACAUUGGAGUCAUUCCAGAAGAGGGAAGACGCUGCUCAAGUGCUCUCCAAGCACUUUGUCCAAAUAAAUAUGCCAAACAAGACUAGAAGAAAUGUUCCUGUGUUGUUGACUUCUAAACUUGUUGAUGCAUUAAACCUGCUUUUGAGCAAGAGAAUGACAUGUGGCGUGCACAAAGACAAUGGUUUUGUGUUUGCAAAGCCCGAUGGUUCUCCUUCAAGCUUCCUAAGAGGGAGAAUUUGCAUUAAGCUUUUUAUUAAUUUGUGUCAUGCAAAGAACCCAGAGUACCUCCUCUCAGCAAAUUUUCAAAAGCGCAUUGUAAGAGUUUUCCAGAUUCUUAAUCUAGAAAGUGAUGAGCUGGAGCACCUUGCUAAGCUUUUGGGCCGUAACAUCUGCACUGAGAAGAGCUAUUACCGGCAGCCAGAGGCAGCUGUGGAGCUGGCAAAAAUCGCACAACUGCUGUUGGCAAUGGAAGAAGGUUCCCUGGAAAGAUUUAAAGGAAACUCUCUGAAUGACAUCGAGAUAGAAGAUAUACUGGAACCGGCCAGCCCUAAAAGUGAUGAUGGUGCAGAAAAUGAAAGACAAGGUCUUUUUCCUGAGUGGAGUGAAACCUUUCCUAAAGUCUUGGUCCUGCCCGUCCCGGUGCCUGUGUAUGUUCCUGUACCCAUGAACAUGUACAGCCAGUGCACACCCCAGCCCGUUGGCCUGCCUCUACCUCUUCCUGUGCCGUUGUUCCUUCCUGUGACUAGGGACAGUGCUGAAAGCAUUGUUGAUACCAUCCAGGAGAUCAAAGAGAAGAUCCCAUCUGAUCGUUUUGAGUGAAUAUGAAGUGUAGUUAGAGCCUUUACCGAGCUAAAUGAUAUCAACAUCUCUCCCUUCCAGCUCGGAGUCAGUCAAGCAGCGCACUAACAUUUUCUACCUUCACCCUGAGCGCUGCUGCGUCCCCAACAGCCCCCUGUGGUUCUCCUCCACCGCUCUGGAUGACAGCACCAUGGAGGCCAUGCUCACCCGCAUCCUCACCGUCCGGGAGCUGCAUCUGGGGACGAGGAAAGAAGGCGGCGGUGUAGAGAAACAGACCACUGACGAUCCACCAUUUACACCUGACGGGGAGGAAGAUGGGGAUUCAGAGUGAUGACAGAAAGUGAACUGGUUCAGCAGCUUCUGUGUAAAUGUUUAUGAUUACAUUAGAUUUCAUUUAAAUUGCCCAAUAAACACAAAUGGACAGAAUAAAUCCAUAUACAAAUAAAACUACUGCAAAGAAAGACACUUCCUGAACAUUUGGAUCAGAAGUUUCAGAUUUUUAAGUGUAAACUAAGUUGAAAAGUUGGACUCGGGGUGUUUGUUAAACAAUUUGUUCAAUGAUUAUUCAAGUUGUGAAAAAGUGUAAAUGGUCCUUCUGCCUCUUUGGGGCAGAUGAAGGUCCACCCUGACAAACUGUUGACCUUCUGUUGUACUUGUUUUUGCCUGUAGACAGUCAUCAAACAUCUUUGUGAUGUAGAUAUGAAAUACAACCCAUCACGCUGAGUGGCAAACAAGCAGUAAACGGAUUCUCAGCUGUCCAUCAGGCUGUGAUUUGGCUGAAGGUUUACUCAAAGAGCAAGAUGCCAUUUGUACACGCUUGCUAUUAAGAGUAGUUGGUUUCAAACACUUGAGACUAUUCCAAUUGGGGAAAAUGAUCUGAGUGUAUGUCAAAUUCAUAAAGCUGACGUCUCUGUUUGCCCUUCUUGAUUUCAGACUACAUCUUUUUAGGCAUGUCACUUCAUCCAAAGCAUCCUGAGAUUUCAGCAUUGUGCAUAAUCAUGACCCCUGUAUUUUGUAAAAGUAAAGAAAUGCUGUCCCUUCAUGAAGCCCCCAGUCUGUAGAAUAUGGCUGCCACAGUAUUUUUUAAUGUCUGUUCCUUUUUGAAUAAAACCUUUUAAAAAUC